CAGGCACCCAAGAUUCAACCCAAUCCGCAAAAGGCAGCUUCGAUCCUGGCGUGGUUUCACAAAACAGCCCAGGCACACAGCAUCAAGGACCUUGAGAAAACGCUGCCCCAGGUAUCAUCCAUCAAUGGCAUGCAGGUCAAAGACUACCUGCAAGCGCUUUCGGAUGACAACAAGAUCCGAGUAGAGAAGAUAGGCAGUGGAAACUGGUACUGGAGCUUUCCGGCCGACGAGAAAAAGGCCAAAGAGGCUGCUCUGCAAAAGGCGCAGGAAGAGCAUGCCAAGGCCAGCGCCGUGGUUGCGGAGCUCGAGGCAAAGGUGGAAAUCGAGCGACGGGAGACGCAGCGCCACGCUAACUGCUCAGGCGCGGAUCGCAAAGCACUCAUGACGAAGCACGCGGAGCUGGUCAAGGAGGUGGAGGCACUGCGACAAGAGCUGGGCGCGUAUAGCGAGCAGGACCCGGUUGAACUGGACAAGAAGGCGGCUGCCACGCAACAGGCUCGGAUGGAUGCAGAUAGGUUCACGGACCAGAUUCUCGUCAUGCAGGGAUGGUUCAAGCAGAAUGUAGGCGGCGGGGGCGGCGGAGAGGAAUUUGUGCAGAUGCUGAAGAUGCUGUACGGCGAUGAAUUUGACGAAGAAGAGCAGGGCUUGCGCGAGCUGGUAUGA